CGACGUAACUUGACAGUAGGAGUAGCUAAACAAUGUUAUUUCGUAGUGGAAAUGCGUUAGACAUAUAAAAAUCACAAAUGUUUGAUAGAACCAAGCAAUGUAAACUGUCGCACAAAAUGAUGAUUCGCUUAAACAAUUUUUUGUAUGUUUUUAAUUUGCGUCAAGGCACAAUUCUUAUCGCCGUCCACCAAAUCGCGCUUUCAUCUUUCGUUUUAAUUAUUUUAUUAGUUGGUAUUUCUCAUGUCGGCGAGAUGUUGUCAAUGCUUCACAACGACAUGGAGGACGACGCAGAGAGACGGGGGUUCUUUGAGGUGACGUACGACCAGCAGCUCACGUUUCACGAGGGUGAAGUCAUGAGCACCAAUAACCAGCGGAGGUUCGCUAAAGCGCAACAUCUGGCUUCAGUGACAGUAAUAUUCCUGUACACGAGCACUAUCCUCACGUCCAUCUACCUCAUGUGCUGCAUCUCGCUGCUGCACGGCGCCGUGAAGUACCGGCGAGAGUACGUGUUGCCGUGGAUCCUGGCCGCUUGCGUCGGUGUGGUGUUGCUGCUGGCUGCUAUUGUUGUGGGCGACGGAUACCCCUGCGUUGUCAACUUGUUUGGCGGACAUAACCUCUACCAUUUCGGCUGCGCGCUCUUUGUCCUGACCUUCAUCUACGCGAUCUGCGCGGUGUCGAGCUUCGCCCUGGAGACGGGCGGGCGCUGCCGCGCCGCGCGCGCCGCCAGCGACGAGCGCGGCGAGCGCCUGCUGCUGCUCGACCACGCGGCGCACUCCAGCCUGCUGUCGGCCGCGCAGCUCAACAAGCUCACCAACACGAGGACGCACUUCGUUUAAGG